AUGGCAUCCAACAGCUCACUCUUAAUCCUCCUCGCCCUCUCCCUCUAUACCCACGCUGCCGAACUGAAAACGAAAGAGGGAAAUGAAGAAAACGAAGGAAGAUACAUAAGCGACAGCCAGAUCUUCACCCUUGGCACUGUGAACAUCAGGAGCCUCAUUCUGUUCAGUCUCGGCGCCCUCCUGGUGUUGGCACUCCUGGCUGUCACCGCCACCACCCCUCGAGAAGCUGGUGUGCCAUUCGCCACGUCCGCUCGCCGUACUUCCCGGAACCUGCGGCUUAUGAACAGAGCCAAGAUGUUCACAGGAACUUGGAGGAAGCUCGAGUGAAAUACCAGUAGAUUGGCAACCUCCAUACGCCCGUUUUCUGUUGUUGUUUUUCUG